UCCAUAGACAAUGCUCCGAUAGUGCUGAAAGACAGAAAGAGUCAACACCUGCAAGAUGGAGUUCAUGUCCAACCUCCAGAAUGGCUUCGACGACCAGAAGCCGUCGCUAUUCGAGAUCAUAUCCGAAGAACAGCUCUCCUCCCUCCUCCCCCCAUCCCUCCGCUACCUCCUCGCCGUUGCCACCCACCGACACCCCCGCUACCUCCUCCGUAUCCUCAACUCCUUCGACGAGCUCUACGCACUGCUCAUGCUCCUCAUCGAGCGCCACUAUCUCAAGGUCUACGGCGGCGGCUUCACGGAGAACUUCUACAACCUGAAACGCGAGCGCGUGCUGCGCAUCAAAGGCGGAGAGGUCCCGCGCGCGCAGGUUCGGGCGGCCGGCCAUGUGCGCGAAGCGUUGAAGUUGAAGGAGGUGGAUGUCUGGAAGAACUUGGCGAUCAUGGUCGGGUUGCCUUAUAUAAAACGGAAGCUGGAUGCCUCGUACGACGUGCAUGCAGCCCAUUCUUCGUUACUGGGCUCGAACUAUCGGAGAGAUGAUCUCCCACCGAACGCGACCGUGAGGCAGAGGUUCAUGUUCUACUACAAGUGGUUUCUGCGGAAGGUCUACCCGAGCAUCAACGCGGCCUACUACUUCGCGAUCAUCGCGUUUAACCUUGCGUAUCUGUUCGACGGCACCAAAUAUUCGUCGCCGUUCUUAUGGCUCAUUGGGACGAGAGUACGGCGGCUAGGGGAGGCGGAUCACAAGGCGAUUGAAUUGUUGACGAACCCCCCAUUACAACCACCGAAAGGAGCGAGACCGGGUCAGAAUAGCUCCAUGUUCAACCCGAGAGUCAUGGCCGGCGCGAUCUACCCACGUAUCCUCUCCUCCCUCCGAAUCCUCUUACCGACAUCCAUAUUCGCGCUCAAGUUCCUCGAGUGGUGGCACGCGUCCGACUUUGCGCGACAACUCACCCGAAAGGCAUCCGAGGGCUUGGAGCUGCCGCCACCCGUGGUUGCGAGUCUCCCAAGCCCGCCCAAAGUCACCCUAUCACCCACUGAUCCAAGCCAUCCCGAGCCGGAAAAGUCGCUGCCCGGAUCAACGGAGACCGAAUCUAGAAGCCCGCCCAUCUCCACCACGACCCUCCUCCCAAUCCUCACCGUCCCUGCCCCGACCAAGGAGACGAACUCCGAUUGCCCGAUCUGCGGCAACGCUAUUGUAAACCCUACGGUGUCGCCAUCGGGGUAUGUCUUCUGCUAUGUCUGCGUCCACAAGUGGGUAGAGGGUACGCAUGAGCGGCAAGAGGCGUUCAUGGAAGGCGGCGGUGGGGAAGAGGGAUGGGGCGCUGAGGAAGGGAGCAGGGAGGGAAGAUGGGAGAGCGGGAAAGGUCGAUGUGCGGUCACGGCGAUGAAGUUAUUAGGUGGGACUGAGGUGCUGAGAAGGGUGAUCAUUUAAGAUGAGGUCAUGUACGUUCAUACACCCUCGGAAGCAUUGGAGUUUGGUAAUAUCCUGGCAUCUUGCUUCACAAAUGUACAACAUUUAAGACAAAUCAUCCAACAUUCUACGUCAGGGAUUUCGGAGUUUCGUAAAGACACACUGAUAUCAUCUCUCGGAUCUUGUCGAUGAGGUGGGAGGCAAGAAGUUAUACUAAUGAAGCGUACCUUAGCACAGGGGUUCCCACAGGAAAAUGAUACACGGCUUCAGAAAGAUGUGCGAGGACGGAAACGAGACUUGGUUUUAGUG